CUCUCCCCUUUCUUUCUACACCUCCGAGACUCCCUCCAUUAACAUUGCUCUUCUCAUAGCCUGAAACAAUUUUAUUCCUUAAGGCAGGAGGCAAAUGUCGAGGCUGUCCUCUCCAUCUGAACUUUGGGAACAGAAAGUUUCACCCUUUAUUCGAAACAGAGAACCCAAUGGCGGUGUGGAAACGGAUGAUACGAAGAAAACGAUGUCGAGGGUUACUCAACUCAUAGAGCAGCUGCAUGCCAACAAAUCAUCGCCCCCAGAGAGAGAACUUAUCACAGCCCGCUUGCUAGGCAUUGUGAAAUCAAGAAAGGAAGCCCGGAGUCUUAUUGGUUCACACAGCCAAGCAAUGCCGCUGUUUGUAUCUCUUCUUAGGAAUGGGACUCCUAUUGCCAAAGCUAACGUGGCUGCCACAUUGAGUGUGCUGUGUAAAGAUGAUGAUUUGCGGCUGAAGGUGAUUCUAGGAGGAUGCAUUCCACCUCUGCUUACUAUUCUCAAGUCAGAGACGGGUGAAGCAAGGAAGGCAGCAGCAGAAGCAGUUUUCAAAGUGACGUCCAGUGGGCUUUCGGAUGAUCCAGUGGGCAUCAGAAUUUUCACGACGGAAGGUGUGGUUCCUGCAUUGUGGCAACUAAUGAUUUCGGAUAGAAAUCAAGAUAAAGUGGUAGAGGUAUUUGUAACUGGUUCUCUGAGAAAUCUCUGCACCGAAAAAGAUGGGUAUUGGAAAACAACUCUUGAUGCAGGUGGAGUUGAUAUUGUUGUUAAGUACCUUUCUGCUGACAAUCCUGCAGCUCAGUCGAAUGCUGCUUCUCUCUUGGCUCGGAUGGUGUUGGCAUCUAGUGAAUGCAUUCCAAAAAUAAUUGGCUCCGGAGUAAUCAACACUCUACUUAGCUUCUUAGAAGAGAAGAAUGAUGUCUCUCUCCGUGCCAGUACAGCUGAGGCAUUAAAUGUUAUUUCUUCCAAGUCACCCGAAGCCAGAAAACUUAUUACUGAUGCACAGGGAGUAGCACUGCUUAUUGGAGCUGUAGUUUCUCCUUACAAACAAGGUAUAGAAGGAGAGGAAGCAGAUGCUCUCCAACUUCAUGCUACACGAGCCUUAGCCAAUAUAUCCGGUGGAAUGCCAGCUUUGCUAGUCUAUCUGGGAGAGCUUUCCCAAUCCUCAAGAUUAUCCGCUCCAGUUCCUGAUAUUCUUGGAGCACUUGCUUAUGCUCUUAAGGUUUUUGAGCGGAGUCCUGAAGCAGAACAGUUUGAUGCAAAAAAGAUUGAGAAUUUUUUGAUGUUGCUUUUGAAACCAAGGGAUAACAAGUUGGUCCAAGAGCGAUUACUUCAAGCCAUGAUCAAUCUGUAUGGAAAUGCUUAUUUAUCAAAACUGAUUAACCAAUCAAAAACUAAAAGAGUUCUUACUGGACUCAUAUUAAUGGCUGUUGCUGAUGUAAAAGAAUAUUUAAUACUGUCUAUGAUGCGUUUAUGCAACCAAGGGAUGGACAUCUGGGAAUCUAUUCGCAUGAGAGAAGGAGUACAGUUGCUAAUUUCACUUCUUGGUCUAUCCGGUGAACAACAACAAGAGUAUGCAGUUGAAAUGCUUGCAAUGCUGACUGACCAAGUUGAGGACAGCAAGUGGGCUAUAACUGCUGCUGGUGGGAUUCCACCGCUGGUUCAUCUAUUGGAUAACGGGACUCUAAAGGCUAGGGAAUAUGCAGCUCAUGCUCUGGAAAUUCUUUGCAGCCACAGUGAAGACAUCCGUGCAUGUGUUGAAAAUGCUGACGCGAUUCCAUCUUUCUUGUGGCUUCUGAAAAAUGGUGGGCCUAAAGGACAAGAGACCUCUGCUAGUGCCCUAAAAAAGCUAAUCCGUGUAGGUGAUGCGCCUACCAUCAAUCAGUUGUCAGCAAUGCUUCAAGGGGACUUGCCAAGCUCAAAGACACAUAUUAUACCUGUGUUGGGUCAUGUGCUUGCUAUGGCAUCAAGCAAUGACCUUGUGGAAGAAGGUGCUGCUGCUAAUAAAGGGUUCAGAUCACUCGUGCAGGUUCUAAAUUCUUCUAACGAGAGUACUAAAGAGUGUGCUGCUUUCACUCUCUCUGAUCUAUUUAGUGCUCGCGAAGAUAUUUGUGAUAGCCUUGCAACAGAAGAACUAGUUAAUCAGUGCAUGAAGCUUUUGGCGAAUGAUACUCCUGCUGCUGCAUCACACUCAGCUAGAGCAUUGGGAGCUUUAUCCCGUCUUAACAAGAGAAUGUCUACAAGGAAGAUGAGUUAUGCCGAUGGGGAUAUCAAACAUUUAAUUAGGAUGGCCAAAACAGCACCUAUUGUUUCUGCAGAGACUGCAAUGGCUGCAAUGGCUAAUUUGUUAUCUGAUCCAGAGCUAGCUACAGAAGCACUAUAUGAAGAUGUUGCUUCAGCUUUGACUAGAGUUCUCGGGGAAGGGUCAAUUGAAGGAAAAAGGAAUGCAACUCGUUCCCUGCAUCAACUAUUAAAGUAUUUUCUGAUACCAGAUAUACUCAAAGGACCUGCUCAGCGUCGAUUUGUUGUUCUUGGUGUUGCUGAAUCUUUAAAAGCAAUGGCUAUGGAUGGGAAUGAUGCUGCCAAUGCUCUAGAUAUUAUUACAUUAUUGGCUAAAAUUAAAGAAGGUGCAAACACCAACAAUGCGACAUUUUCUGCCCUUGCUAAAGUUCCCUCUAGUUCAGAGCCUCUUGUACAAUGCCUAAGUGAAGGCUCUCCCGUUGUCCAAGACAAGGCUAUAGAAAUCUUGUCUAGGCUUUGUAUGGAACAACCAGCUAUGCUAAGUGGCCUCUUAAUCUCAAAAGCAAGAUCUGUAGCUGCACUGGCAGAAAGAAUAAUAAACUCCAGUCUAGAAGUAAGAAUUGGAGGAACAGCACUGCUCAUUUGUGCUGCCAGGGAUUACAGGCAUCAAUCGAUGGAUUCACUUGACGCAUCUGGAUACUUGAAACCUCUUGUAUUCGCAUUAGUUGGCAUGAUGAAGCACAAAUCAAAGUACAGUUCCUUAGAAAUUGAAGUUAAAACACCUAGAGGGUAUGCAGGAAACGCAGCCUUCCAGGAAGGUGAUGAACUUAAGGUUUCUGAUUCAGUAACUGUUUCGGGAAGUACUCUUGCAAUGUGGUUGUUGUCAAUAAUUUCUUCAUUUCAUGCAAAGAGCAAAGUCACCAUAGUGGAAGCUGGAGGGCUUGAUAUCCUUGCUGACAGGCUAGCAAAGCAUACUGCAAAUCAACAGGAAGGGUUUGAGGAUUCUGAGGGCUUAUGGAUCAGUACUUUGCUAUUGGCUUUAUUAUUUCAGGACCCAAAUGUUGUUUCAUCACCAACAACUAUCAGAUUUGUACCCAUAAUUGCAAUGCUUCUGAAAUCUGAGGAAGUGUUUAACCAAUUCUUUGCAGCUCAAGCCUUGUCCAGUCUUGUUUCUCAUCGAAACGAAGGAAUAAAUCUUGCAGUUUCAAAUUCAGAUGCAAUUGGAGGGUUAAUGACAUUGAUUGGUCACACAGAAACAGAUAUUCCAAAUCUCUUUGCACUUUUUAUAGAAUUUUCAUUAGUGACUAUCCCUGAUCAGGUUGUGCUGCAAUGCCUAUUUGAAAUUGAAGAUGUGAGAGCUGGUUCCAUUGCGCGCAAGACCAUCCCACUUCUGGUGGAUCUCUUGAAACCAAUGCCAAAUAAGUGCGGUGCCCCUCCAUUUGCUGUCCGUCUACUGACUCAAAUUGCUGAUGGCAAUGAUACAAACAAGUUAAUUAUGGCAGAAGCCGGAGCACUGAAUGGUCUGAAUAAGUACCUUUGUUUAAAUCCUCAAGAUUUGACAGAGGCAACUAUAUCUGAACUACUGAGAGUAUUGUUUGGCAACCAUAAUCUUCUUAAAUAUGAAGCGGCGACUAGUUGUAUGAUUAACCUUGUAGGUGUUGUUCGUUUGGGGUCAAGAAGUGCGAGACUAAGUGCUAUCAGUGCUUUAAAUGAACUGUUUGGUGCUGAAAAUAUCAGGGCUUGCGAAGCAUCCAUGCAAGCAGUUCAGCCUUUGGUUGAGGUGCUUGAGUCUGCAUCAGAGAGUGAACAGCAUGCUACUAUUAGUACCUUGAUUAAGUUGACUUCAGAUAGUAAUCCAAGAGCAAUGCUGAUGACUAUAUCAGAACCGAAUCCCCUCGAGAUUUUGUACAAGAUUUUGACAUCUUCUUCUUCUUUAGAAUUGAAGAGUGAUGCUGCAAAAUUAUGCUUUAUCAUCUUUUCUGAUCCAAAGUCGAGGACAGUGCCGAUUGCUUCACAAUGCAUGGAGCCGCUUAUAUCGCUAAUACAAUCUGGUUAUGAGACAGCAGUGGAAUCUGGCAUUUGUGCUUUUGAGAGAUUGCUUGAUGAAGAACAACAGGUGGAGCUUGCUUCAACUUUUGAUCUUGUUGAUCUUCUGGUUGGUCUGGUUUCUGGAACAAACUAUCGGCUUAUUGAAGCAAGCGUUUGUGCGAUGAUAAAGUUGGGGAAAGACCGCACUCCUCGUAAGUUGGAUAUGGUGAAAGCAGGAAUCAUAGAUAACUGUCUACAGCUCUUACCUGUUGCACCAAUUUCUGUAUGCUCCACAAUUUCAGAACUAUUCCGCGUCUUGACAAAUAGUAGUGCAAUCUCAAGAAGUCCAGCCGCUGCAAAAAUUGUGGAACCCCUCUUUACGCUUUUGCGGAGGCCAGAUUUUGGAUUAUGGGGACAGCAUAGUGUUCUACAAGCACUGGUGAACAUUUUGGAGAAGCCACAAAGUCUUGAUGCUCUCAAACUUACUCCAAGCCAAGCCAUUCAGCCCCUCAUCACCUUUCUUGAAUCCCCGUCUCAUGCUAUCCUACAGCUUGGUACAGAGUUGCUCUCCCAUCUCCUCGAGCAAGAGCAUUUUAAGCAGGACAUAAUGACAAAAAAUGCGGUAGUGCCCCUUGUGCAGCUUGCAGGCAUUGGUAUAUUGAACUUACAGCAAACAGCAAUCAAGGCUUUGGAAAAUAUCUCCUUAAACUGGCCAAAUGAGGUUGCUGAUGCUGGUGGUAUUUUUGAGCUUUCCAAGUUUAUUAUUCAAGAUGAUCCUCAACCACCAGAUGCGUUGCUGGAAUUAGCAGCAGAAAUCCUCUGUAAUGUUCUACGAUCCGAUUCAGAAUACUACUUAAAAGUUCCCUUGGUGGUUCUCGUAAAGAUACUCUACUCAACAUCCGAGACCUCUGUCAUGGUUGCUCUAAACGCGCUCACUCUUUAUGAAAGCACAGAUCCUUCCAGUGCUGAAUUAAUGGCAGAAGCUGGUGUAAUAGACGCUCUUAUAGAUCUUUUAAGAUCUCAUCAAUGUGAAGAACCCUCAGGGAAGCUCCUUGAAGCCUUAUUUAACAAGGACCGGGUACGUGAAAUGAAAGUGUCUAAAUAUGCCAUAGCUCCUCUGGCGCAGUAUCUGCUAGACCCGCAAACUAGAUCACAGCCUGGCACGUUUCUUGCCACUCUUGCUCUUGGUGAUCUCUCUCGCCAUGAAGGACUUGCCCGAGCAAGCGAUUCUGCUUUUGCUUGUCGAGCAUUGAUAAGAGUGCUAACACAUCACCGAACCGAAGAGGUAUGCAUCGUGGUGAUUUCUGCACUGCAAAAUUUUAUCUUGCGCAGUAGGAACAACCGAAGAGCUGUGGCAGAUGCUGGUGGGAUAUUAGCCAUUCAGGAGCUGCUUCUAUCUCCCAACACAGAGCUCGUUUUACAGUCUGCAAUUCUGCUAAGGUGCCUUUUCUCAAAUCAUACUCUUCAAGAUUGUGUGUCAAAUGAGCUGAUCAAAUCUUUGACAGCUGUGCUAGAAAAACAGGACUCCUUACCUACACCCGUCAUCGAAGAAAUACUGAGGACAUUCCUCGUCGUUUUCUCCACUUUCCCUAAGCUCCACGCUUCUGAAGCAGCAACGCUGUGUAUCCCCCACAUUGUGGCGGGGCUCAAUGGCAGCUCGGCUACUCAAGAGCUGGUGUUGGCACCCUUGAUGUUACUGAAACAGUCUUGGCCUUCCAUGCCGGUGGACAUGUCGAAAGCACAGGCGACUGCAGCAUCCGAAGCCAUCCUGGCUCUUCAAACGCUGCUGAAAAACUGCCCGCCAGCUCUCCACGACAAACUGGAGAGUCUGCUGCAUUGCUUGCCGGGUUGUUUGACUGUUACCAUCAAGCGCGCCAGCAGUCUGAAGAGCGUCAUGGGCGGUACAAACGCAUUUUGUCGCCUGAAAGUCGGAAAUGGUCCUGCGCGACAGACUAAGGUUGUGUACCAUUCAACUUCCCCUGAAUGGAACGAAGUGUUCACAUGGGCCUUUGACGUGCCACCUACGGACCAAAAGUUGUACAUCUUGUGCAGAAGCAAAAACACUUUUGGAAAGACUACUCUUGGAAGAGUGUCCAUCCAAAUUGAUAAAAUUGUGGGUGAAGGGACCUAUAGUGAAGUCUUCACCCUGAGCAGUGAUACAAGCAAAGAUGGGUCCGCUCGAACACUGGAGGUCGAGGUUGCCUGGUCUAAUAAUAGGACCUCUAAUGAAGGUGAGUAAACACGCGGGCGGGCUAGUAUAGAAAAAGUUACGUAUACUUUGCAUAGCAUUCAUCCAGCAAGGCUACCUACCUCAUCUUUAUGACAUAACUCUUCCUUUAAUGAUAUGUGCAUCUGAACCCAACAAAAGAGUAUCGACAAGCUAAAGAUUUGUAUUUAACCAUUGAAAACAAUAUAGAUAGGUAUAAUUGUAAAAGAAUAAUCAGAGAUUUGUAAAGGAUCGGAGUGGAGUUACUGAAGAAGGAAGAUUAUAUUGUCAACAUGCCAUAGUAGGUAUACCUUCUAUGCAUGUAUUACUUUAACAAGUAUAGUAGUUGUAUAAAUGACAAAUUUACCAAAGAUUAUAUAUAUUCAUCAUUUGUGUUGCA